AUGGCGAGUGGUGCCGGAGCGCAUGGUGAUAGCGAUGACGAUCCCGCCCCGAAUGACUACCUGCAUGACGAUGCCGACCCUUCGCUAUUCGCCUCGACCCAGGAAACCCCUUCCACAGACCCCAAAUCCACCCCUCAAUCUCUGCCACUACAGAAGCGCCGACGAGUAGGUCGCGCCUGCGACGAAUGCCGCCGGAAGAAGAUCAAGUGUGACGGCAAACAGCCCUGUACUCACUGUACCGUCUACAGCUAUGAGUGUUCGUACGACCAACCCUCCAACCGUCGUCGCAACCCUGCCCCGCAGUAUGUCGAAGCCCUGGAAGCCCGCAUGCAAAAGGCCGAGGCCCUCCUGCGGACGGUCCUGCCGGAUGUCAAUCUCGACGACCCGAAUCUGGACGUCAACGCCCCCGAAUACCGUCUACCACUCCACCGCAAGGACAAGCAAGCGGCGGCCGGCGGAGUUGCCGCCAAACCCCAUGGAACGUCCAUGGAGACCGGCCCAGAAGCCGGUGACGAGUCCCUGCUGGAGACGAUGGUCGGGAACACGGGCUGUCUGGACCGCGAUGAUCAGGGACACUGGGACUACCAUGGACACACCUCGGGAAUCAUCUUCGUCCGCCGCCUGCGCAAACAACUGGGUGCGGUUGAACCGCCCGCUCCUCGCAACGUGACGGCGAUGCUCGAAAGUCCAAGGUCAGUGUCGGUAUCCGAUUCCCCGCAAGAUGCCUCUCUACCUCCUACACACGACCUUCCCCCGCGGGCGGUCGCUGUUCGAUUGUGUCACAAUGCUUUGGACGAUGCCUGCUCUCUCAUGCGCUUCGUGAUCGAACCUAAAUUCUUUGCGAGUCUGGACCGCAUCUAUGAAACUCCCCCUGAGCAAUUCGGCAAUGAGGAGAACUCGUUUUUACCUCUAUUGUACAUUGUUAUGGCGGUCGGGUGUCUGUUCUCAGAUGACGGUGCCGGAACUUUGGAUCUGGCUGGUUACGAGGGUGCGAUUGGUCAAGGGUUCCAAUUCUUCAAAGCCGGACGGCAGUUGCUGGAAAUUACGGAUUGUCGAGAUCUCACCUCUCUUCAGGCAAUCUGUUUCAUGGUGCUUUUCCUCCAGUCAUCUGCUAAGUUGAGUACCUGUUACUCCUAUGUAGGUAUCGCGCUUCGAUCAGCGCUACGAUUGGGUCUCCACCGUACCGUCACGGCUGACUUCAAUCCGAUCGAGCGAGAGCUGCGCAAGCGUAUCUUCUGGGUUAUCCGUAAGAUGGACGUCUAUGUUAGCACCUUGCUGGGUCUCCCUCAAAUGCUGAGCGACGACGACAUCGAUCAGGAAUAUCCAAUGGAAGUGGAUGGGGAAUUCAUUACUGCGGAGGGCAUCAUGCAAAUGCCUACCGAUUAUACCCCACUGAUGGCCGGAUGUAAUGCGCAUACACGCCUUUGCAACGUGGUGCUGAAAGUGGUGAAAUAUAUUUACCCGGUGAAGAAUGCGCGCUAUCGGUCCAAGUCGGAUCAGCGCUAUAUGGUCAGCCAUUCCAAGAUCCGAGAAAUUGAGCGUGAUCUCCAGGCCUGGAUGGAAGAACUCCCUCCAGCGCUGCGUCCGGGCACAGAAGUGUCCCCCCAACUAGAACGAAUCCGUCAACUGCUGCGUAUCAGUUACGCGCAUGUACAAAUGGUCAUGUAUCGACCCUUCUUACAUUAUGUAUCCGGCGGCUCCCAAGCCCGUGGCGUCGAUAAGCGCUCCUAUGCUUGUGCAGCAGCUUGCGUUAGUGUAUCCCGAAACAUUGUCCAUAUCACAACGGGCAUGCACAAGAGGGGACUUCUCAACGGCUCGUUCUGGUUCACGAUGUAUACGACCUACUUUGCCAUUCUUUCUCUCAUUUUCUUCGUCGUUGAGAAUCCCGAUUCGCCCACUGCCAAGGAUGGUGUCUUGAAGGAUGCUAUGGAAGGCAAAAACACACUAGCUGGGCUGGCUAAGAAGAGUAUGGCAGCGGACAGGUGCUCCCAGAGUCUAACAUGCCUCUUCAAAACUCUACCGGAGAUGCUGAAGAACCGCCAAAGCUCCAAGGCUCCUAUUAACCUCAAACGGCCAGCGCCUUCCAACUUUACGAUGGAACCAAAGUCUAUUCAAAACCAGCCAGUGCAAGACUUGCCUCAUCGCUCGAGCACAUUCCCCGCGCAAAUGAUGGCUCAGCCGUCCGCGGCGAAUCCUACUGCCACCCGUCGCCAAAAGAGUUUAGACACUACUCAGCCGGUCAGCAAUCGACAGCCCGAAAGCGGUACGCAGUCCUCUUGGCUGGCGUCAACGCCAGAGCUCCUGACCGAGACCAUGUCUACACCAGAACCGUCCUCUGCGAGCUCGUACAACGCUUCUUUCUCCAGCCAAGAGCCGUCAAGUCUGGCCUGGGCUCAGCAAUUCAACAACCCCAACAAUCUACCAGAUCUGAUGCCCAUGAUGUUCCCAUCUGACGAUCCAUUUGCUUAUCCCACACAACCCAUGUCUACACUAGAAGAUGAUCACUUCAAACAUGAGCGCAGCAGUGCCGCGCUGACCCAACCGCCAUUCGAUUCUCCCUCUCAGCAUCCACGCAUGGGAUCAAACACACCAAGUGACCCGUCAGGAACGGGUUUAUCUACGCCCAGUUUCGAUGCGUUUGCCAACUUCUCCAACUUCCCCAUGAGCACCGCAUCAGGGAUGAAGUCAUCUAUUCCCAGCCGCUUGCAACAGCCUACGACUCAACCUAUGAAUCCUUCGCGACUACACUCCCCAAUCUCGCAAGGCGGGACCCCCAGCGAACACCUCAGCAGUCCGGACUUGGUUUCCAUCCCCAAUCAGAACUUCGUGUGGCAAGGAUAUAAUUUCCAGCCAUCAAACGGGGAUACUGCUAAUAAUGACCCCACGAUGAGCACGAUGCAGCAGGACACUGCUCCUCAGAAUGGGCUACCCGACUUCAAUGUGGGCCUUGAUGAGAACGCCUUGGGGAUGAAUAUGGAUCUGGGUAUUUCCUUUGACGAUCUGUUUGGCAACAACGCGACUUUCCGACCCGGCGCUGGCGCAGCCAACGAUGACUGGACUCAAUGGAUGAAUGCCGGAGUCUAG